UGGUCUGCUUGAUCUUGGAUUCUUUUGCCUCCCAAGAUUCAGCUGACGCCACAAAAAAAGCCUCAACCAAUUUCACAACACAGAUGAUAGAGAAAGCGGUACAUUUUCUGAGCUAGUCUGCUUUGACCGGCGCAUGGUCCUCCAGUUCAAUCUGCAUAUACAUGCAUACAACCUCGAUGGCCAGGUAGGGUUAGCACGAACCCAUCUCAGGCUUUUCACCACCUCUCGGUCCCCCUCGUUCUUUCCCGUUCUGUUUUAACCACGCAGAUCCUGUCUUCUAGACAGCGGCAGACGCAUACGCGAAGACAGGCUUGCUCCAGACAUGGCAGGUGGGCAUUUAGACUCUACUCCAGCGUGCAACCCGCUUAAGGUGACCCUGAGCUCAAACAACCGAAGACAUUUCCCCUGGAACCGCAAAGUUCUUCCGUUACUGUCUGUCAAGGUCUCUCAUCCAGGCCAGACCGUGAAGGCGUCAAGAGAACGAGCUGAAAGGAGCAGCCUCGUCGACCAAAUAUCUUCUGGAUACUGUGGGCUUCCUUCUGAGCAGUCCUGAUGGCCUCGUCGCUAGACCUCCUGGCCCCUCGGUACGGUAGCUGGAUGGUCUAGAUUUAUGGAGAAUGGCGCUCAAAAUGAGUUUUGGAUACAAAAGCACCGGACCUCCUCGACUGAACUUGGAUCAUUAAUCCCUGUUCGCCCACCAGUCCAAGCUGCAUAUCCUUCGUGUCCCCAUCACCAUGAAGUUCAUCAUCCUUCUUUGUAUGGCUAUAGCCUCUAUCUCCAGUGCUGCGAGCAAUGUCUGCAAAUCAGGGAUUUAUGAACUAUUGUCACCUCUCAGCGCUUACCCUCCCGCACAGAGUUACUGCUCAGCCCAUUAUCCCCCAACAACGGUAACUGUUUCAACCACCUUUAUUUCCAAGAAGAAGUUUAGAUUUGCGCGAGCCACGCCCGCUGCGGAAUACGGAGGCGUCAUGCUCGACAAACGCCACACGACAUCUACUACUUCUCACACAACCACAACUACCCCUCACACGACUACAACGACCCAGGACGCAAAAGCAGCCCAGUGGUCAAGCUUUCUGAAGACGGCUGGAAGCAUCAUCUACACCUUCUGCCAGUGCAUUGAGAGUCAUCCUACGGUAGGCAGCCUUCUCACUCAGUUUUGCUGAUUCUCCUCUUUCUAGCUCCCUUUAUACAUCCCACUCAUCAACUCCCAGGUCGCUCCUCCUCCUUCAACCACGACGACGACGACGACGACCACCACCACCACCACCACCACAACCUCGUUUAGUUAGUUCGCGACGCAUAACGAUAUGGAUGGAACUCGAUGGAGGGGCUUGUACUGGCUUUACAACAUGCAUCGUUUGCCUUCAAGGAGGUCCUGAACCCGGCGGAAUGCUUUUGUAAAUGCAGGAAUCCUGAUCGUUUCGGGUAGAUAUCUCUAAAACUCGCAGAACAGUGGCUCGGUUCAGCAAUACUGAAUGACGUUACGACUGCAACAAUGUCCAACGACCACUUCAAGUCUACCCAUUACUAGCGU